AUGGCGUCCGUUAAUGCCAAUGUAAAUUUAACCUCUCAACUCGCAUCGCAUAUCGUUGUACCGCUAACAACGUUUCUAAAUGGCAAUAAUACUUUAUUUUCUGAAAGUCAGCCUUGGAUAUCUGACCUAAGAUGCAGCCAUGCUGCCUUGGAUAGUGACACCAAUUGCGAUAGGUUUAAGUUACACCUUCCCUAUAGCCAGCACACUUUAAUUUGGGAAGUAAUUUUUGAUCGAAGAAGAAACAAUCAGGCACCUGAUUUUAUAUUUGGCGAAGAAGAUAAAGAUUUUAAUCCAGAUUCCGAGAAGCUAGAAGAAAAAUUACUAGGAGCUAAUAGUCGAUUAAGUUUCGAGUGUUCUAAAUUACGAACUAGUAAAGACUUUGACAGCUUUGAAAUUUUGGUAAAAAAGAAAAACACUAAUGGAUAUAACAGUUAUUUUGAGGCUAAUUUUCUUAUCAGAAUCAACUUGAAAAGUGAAUCUUUGCCCCACUUAAAAGCGGAUAAAAUAAAUCGUAUUGGUGAAAAUUUUACGAGAAGAAAAGAACUUAUUGAAUCCUUCAAACAGCAUUUUAACGGGGCGUUACUGGAAUAUGAUAGUGAAAACUAUACAAGCAUAAAUUUGCUGCUCGUUACGAGUGGAUUUUACUUUAUUCUGCAUGUAUCAUUACCAUCCGGAUUUCCACAAAGCAUGCCAGUGCUAAUUAUCCAAUCAGUAUACCAUCGUAUGGGUAUUUUACCUUACAAAGAAACACGUACUUCGUAUCCAUACAGCCCGAGAUGGAGUGGUAAAGAAAUGGUAGAGAGAAUACAAGUUUAUCUUGCGACGAUUAUUGAAGAUUUUAAGACAUCAUCCUUACGUUACGGAAAACUUUAG